UGCGUAAGCCUUGCGAUGACGGAGCUACCUAUGUACUUCCGAAAACAACGCGUGUUUCAUCAUGCAUAGAGCGUAGGAGAGGGAGCAUGAUUUAUUUGCGUUGACUUUUCGUGUGAACUAGCAUUCGAAGGCGAAUUAUUAUUGCGGCAAAUGUUUUUAACGGGCGACGAGGGAAAUCGUCACAAAAUUGCAGCUGAGCAAACAGUGGCGAUAUUUUAACCCGCUAUUGGCACCAGCUCUGCUACCCAUUCAUUGAAACCAGCGCCUCUCCAGACUCAUCAUGAUCCCGUUUUCCGCUCAGACGGAUUUGCAGAGUGACUCCCAAGGAAAUCUUGGAUUCUGGACUCUCUUGUCAUGUAUCAUUACUUUUUUUCCAUCGAUGAUCAACGGUGAAUCAGCAAUGUUGGCUGAACACGGAUAUCACCAUUAUACCAAUGAAUGGGUUGUAAGAAUACCACAAGAUAGUUUGGCAUCCGAAAUCAGCAACAAAAAAGGAUUCACUUAUGUAAAUAGGAUAGAAGGUUUCGAUGAUAUGCAUUUAUUCGUAAAAGAGAGUCAACCAAAAAUGCAGAAAGUGCCGAGCCACCAUUUGUCUGCGCACCUGGAGUCACACGAAGCAGUGCUUUGGGCAGAGCAGCAAGUGGCAAAAGUGCGGCAGAGGCGAGGCCUUCUAAAUCGGAGGGAGGGAAUUCUUGCCCGCAGAGAGACGGACAGAAGUCGAUACGAAGGAGUGUUCAACGAUGAAUAUUGGAAACUCCAGUGGUACGAGCAAGACUACAGGGCCAAAAAUACAAAGUUCCCAACUUUGGACAUGGGUUUGGUGCCAGUUUACACGGAACUCAACAUCACGGGGAGAGGCGUCCGUGUCUGUGUCAUAGAUGACGGCCUCGAAUAUACGCACGAUGACCUCAAAGAUAACUUUGAUCCGGAAAUCAGUUACAAUCUGAACAACUCCACAUUUGAUGUCCUGCCGAGGUACGAAGAUCCAAUAAAUGCCCACGGAACCCGUUGCGCGGGUGAAAUUGCCAUGAAAGCCAACAAUUCCAAAUGUGGAGUGGGUAUAGCAUUCAACGCUAAAGUUGGAGGAAUCAAACUGCUAGACGGACCAACGACCGAUUUAAUGGAAGCGAAAGCUAUUCAAUACGCCUUGGACAAGGUGGAUAUUUUCACGGGUUCUUGGGGUCCUCUGGAUAACGGAUUAGUCGUCGAUGGUCCAGGAAAGCUGGCGAGCUUGGCUCUUGAGAAUGGGAUUCUUAAAGGACGGAAAGGCAGAGGAGCAUUGUAUUUCUUCGCCGGUGGAAACGGGAAAGUGAGUGACGACAACUGCGCCUGCGACGGCUACGCGAGUAGCAUCUACACCAUCACGGUGGCAAGCGCCACGGAACUCGGCAAGCCGACCUACUACUCAGAGAGAUGUUCCGCGGUUAUGGUCACGACCUACUCGGGAGGCAGCACAGGUCAAAUCAAAAUCGUCACCACGGACUUGCAUAAUGAUUGUACUGUAUCACAUACAGGAACAUCGGCUGCAGCGCCUUUAGGAGCGGGAAUAGCUGCGCUGCUUUUGGAGGCAAACCCCCUGUUAACGUGGAGGGAUGUUCAACAUUUGUUGGUUCACACCGUCGAAGUAGCUCCCAUCGCAAAUGACGUAGAGUGGAGACAAAAUGCUGCUGGUUUCUGGUACAGCAUAAACUUCGGUUUUGGCCUUAUGAAUGCAUAUCAGCUGAUCAAGCAAGCAAUGCAAUGGACCACUGUCCCGCCAAAAACGAUCUGCACAGUGCCUUUCUAUUUAAUUCAUUCCAUGCGUCAGUUCUCACCGUCCGCGGAUUUCAUAACCUCCGUAAAAACGGACGCGUGCGGGAUCCGCUUUGUGGAGCAUGUUCAACUGCGCUCGACUAUCAACCACACUCGAAGGGGAGCCAUCGAAGUGUACCUCCAAUCUCCAUCCGGGACGAUAAGUAAAUUACUGGAGGCUAGAGAGAGAGACCAGUCAAAUCACGGUUUCCGCAACUGGCCAUUCUUGACUCUAGAGUUUUGGGGAGAAAAUCCAAGCGGCCUGUGGCGAGGGAUGGUCAGAGAUGUGAGCUCUCGAGAGCAUCAUGACGGAGAGGUAGAAUCGAUGACACUGGUCAUUCAUGGAACAGUUGACGAGCCGGAGCAUUACAAAAACGGACCUAGAAAAUACGAUCCAUUCGAUGUACCUGAGGAUUACGACGAACCUGACGCGUACGAGGCGCUCAAGGCCGAGCAAGAACAUGACGCUCAACAGAAACAUCAAUUCACGGAUAAAUUAAAGAUUCCAACACUGGAAGAUGGCAUCAAACUCCUGAAUAAUGGAUUUAAUUUUGCCAAAAAUCUGAUUUAGCAGAAGAAAACUGUACACUUCCCUCUUAAAAAGUCAGUUCUUUGGGACAUCUUCAACUAUUUCUUGCAACAUUGGUCUCAAGUAAAAAAAUCCCACCGUUUCAUGAAUUUGAAAUCCACAUACCUAAUACAGAUUUAUGAUGAAACUACGAAUCAAGUGUCUCGGUUUGCGAAGUUUUAGAUUUCUUGUCACCUAUGACUUUUUUCAGAGAUAACUGAUACUAUAUAAUUAUAUCAUUCGACAGAAAUUAAUUAUGAUUUCUCUUUGCGCCCUUCCGAGACUAUACUUUAAAAAUUUUGGGCAAAAAAUAUCUGUUAAUAUUCCUUUGAGUGAAGGGAGAAGGAACGGUAAUAUUGAAACACCGCAAUCGAGAUCCAUGUUUUCGUAGUUUCGCCAUUAAUACAGUACUAAAAAAAUAUAUUAUACAUUUAAAUGUUUAAAAUUGUCAUUUUUAUCACACGUUUAUUUGCCAAAUUUCCGCUGGGCUUUAAUUAUGCAGUAUCUGAAAAUACCUCAAGAUCACUUUCCAAAUGAAGAGAGAAAAAUUUCAGCGUGCUAAAAUUUUCUGAAUUUCUGCAGGCAUCAAAUAAACUUUGCUUGUUAUGGCAA